AUGGACUCUUCCCAGGCGCCUGUUACUACCCUCACCACGGCCCAGGAGUAUGGCCCUGCGCAAUUUGAUGGUGUCCCCCUUGGCCACGUCAUCGUGCCUGGAGGAUGGGUCGUCCCUGUCAGCACCACCCCAACCUAUGCGCACAUGCCAUGGUCGGGCAUCUGGAAGCUGGAUGAGCCAGGGCUUACACCAGAAGUGUGGGAAGGGCGUAUUGUCUACAUGCAGGAUGAAGAGAAGGGGUGCAGCGUGUAUGGGCAGAUAACGCACCUGGUUGCAGUCAGCCGCAAGUUUGCCGUCUACGCCGUGGGGGAGAAGACGUGCCAGUACGACAACCCUAUGAAGAUGUGGUACUCGGUUCCAGUAGUCACCAGGCUCGUCGUCCCCCUCUACAACACACCGGUGUGGUUCGGGCAGAAGUGGUGGAUGCGGUGGAAGGGUUUGUGGUGGGGGCAUAUCGAUUACAUGAGUGCAUAA